AAUCUUGAAGAACCAUCUCCACAGUGCUCACACUCUUCUCUUCGCUUCUCUUCUGUUCUCUUUUUUUGUCUUCUCCAUCUUCAAAACCAAACCGUUAUGGCCAGCGCGAGCAACGCGGUUGGGAGCUCGAACAACCACGAUCAUUUUCCCCUUAAACUUGAAGGAAGUUGCAGAGACAUUUUUCAAGCCUGGCUUCAUCCUGACACAAGAGUCUGAGUGAUUGGAAAUGAAUUUGGUUGUCCAAGAUAAGCAGAUCCUGGUGCACACUCACAAGCUUGUCAAUGCUAAUCUUGAGCUCUUGCUCUGGAUCAACUGAGCUCUCUGAUUUUUCCAGCAAGUGAAAUACACAGCAUGCCUCCACUAUGAUAUGAUCUGCGUAUACAGUAGGUGCAUCAUAUAAGUUUGCCACAUAGGUUUCAGUAACCAUCUUUUCAUUCUGUUGUCAUCACAAAUUUCCCUAAAUAAAUCUUUCACGUUUAGAUUAGUAUCCUUAAGAUACAUUGCUGCCCAUGCUUUCUUAUACUGCUCUCCUUGUAUUGUUUUUGGAUUAAACACACCAAGUGAAAACAUCUGUGCCUUGUGAUUGAUAAAGUGGUUCCUGCAUUAGUUCACCUUGCCGAAAUUACAACUCUUGGUGACCACAAAAAUCUUGGUGAUUUCAUUGUUGGUGUUCGUCAGGAUUGCAUCCAGUCACAGGGUCAGGAAGAAGCUCAAUUAGUGAUCGCACUAGUGAACAAAUUGAGGACCUAUUAAAUUCAAAGCAAAUGUUAAAAUGGAAAAAGAAUAUGUCCAAGGAAGAUCUACAUAUUAAGCAGGCUGUAGCUCUGGUGGUCAAGUUUGAAGGAAAUUCUCUGUUCUCAUCUGAAAAUAUUUCUGGAGCUGCAUCAAAAUACUCAGAAGCAUUGUCAUUGUGUCCAAUGAGAUUCAAGAAGGAGAGAGUUGUUCUAUAUAGUAAUCAAGCUCAAUGCCAUCUUUUGCUGCAGCAACCUUUGGCUGCCAUACGUGAUACCUUUGUCUUCUACUUUACUGCUCUUGCCGCUGAAGUUACUGUAGUCCCUUCGUCUCGAUUAAUGACUCUAAUUGGUCAGGCUUUGAAGUGGCAGCAGCAUCAAGGGUUAUUACCUCCUGGAACACAAUUUUAUUUGUUCCGUGGAACAGCUGCUAUGAAACAAGAUGUAGAUGACAUGUACCCGACAAAUCUCUCACACACAAUAAAGGCAUGGUUAAUAUAUAUGGCAAUAAUGCUUUCAAUCAAAUGAACCUGAUCUCUCACAGAGACAAAAUAAAGUUUCAGAUCAUGCUGAGCGAUUAGUCAAGAAAGAGAUGCGUGCUACUUGGUUAUUUUGAGAGGCAGCUAUUAAAUAUGGGGGUGUCCAUCGUGGGUUGUUCGAGCUCCCAGUUGUGUUGCUCGUGCUUGCUCGCGCUUGCUCGCGCUGGCCAUAACCGUCUGGCUUUGAAGAUGGAGAAGAUAAGAGAAGAGAACCGAAGAGAAGAGAAGAGUGUGAGCACUGUGGAGAUGAUUCUUCAAAAUUGGGGAAUUGAGGGACUAAAUUGAAUCAGAAAAAUUUUUCUGCCACGUCAGCAAGUCGUUUCUUUGCUAACGUGUCACGAAGGAGGCCAACUCAGUUUUUCAGUAGCGCAAGAUGGACGGAAUGUGCCGGAAGGACGACUCUGAAUCCCAAAGUACAACUUCAGGAAUAAAUAUAAGUAACUUUUAAAUUUAGGGACUAUUAUAAAGUUAGAGUGCAACUUCAAAAAUC